UUAUAAAAAAAAUAUACCAUCUCUUGGUUAUUCAUUCCUCCAUCCCUUUACUCACUUGCUCAUUUAUUUAAAUCCCAUCUGUGCAUUAAGCUCCUACCAAUUCUAUUUUUUUAACAAUGGUCGUGCUUGCUAUCUCUGUUUGCACAAAGAGUGGGAAAGCUCUUAUUUCACGUCAGUUCAGGGAAAUGACGCGUGCGAGAAUCGAGGGUCUUAUCGCUUCAUUCCCAAAGCUGACAGGCUCAGACCAACAACAUACAACAAUCGAAACUGAACAUGUUCGAUAUGUUUACCAGCCUCUAGAGGAACUCUUUAUUAUCCUCAUCACCAACAAACAAUCCAAUAUCCUGCAAGAUAUUGACACACUUCAAUUGGUCUCUCGUGUUGUCUCGGCCACUUGCAGACCAACGGACGCGCAUGAGAUUGAUAGAAACGCAUUUGAAUUGUUAGGCUCGUUUGAUGAGAUCGUCUCACUCGGUUAUAGAGAAAAUGUCAACCUUGCUCAGGUCAUCAGCAUUUCAGAGAUGGAAAGUCACGAAGAAAAGGUCCAAGAGAUGAUUGAAAAGAAUAAGGAGCGUGAAGCCAAAGAGGAACUCAAGAGACGUGCCAAGCUGCUGGAUAUACAAAGGAAGGAACAAAAGAGGAACAUGUCUGGCAUGGGAAGCCCAUAUGGUUCAGGUAUGGGUGUAGGUAUGGGUAUGGGCAUGAGUGGUGGAUAUGGUCAGAGCAGUUCCAUGGGUUUUGGUGGUCAGUCUGGCAUAGGAGGCAUUGAAGAUAUCGGCGGCAAUCAAGGCUUUGUUUCACCCUCAUUCACUCAGGAUGACUCUCGGUUUAGUGGUGCUCCCAAGACUCCCGCAACAAAAGCAAGAGGCAUGCAGCUGGGACGCAAGCAAAACAAUGCAGACUUAUUUGAAUCAUUACGUGCAGAAGCGGAUUCCUCGCCUGUUCUUCAGCAACAGCAGCAACAACAGCAACAACAGCAACAACAGCAACAAUACCAUGCACAAAACUACUCAGCUCCUGCUCAGCCAGAUUUCCCUAUGGAUAGUGUGCAUGUUCAUAUUGAGGAAAAGAUUACCGUUGUGGCUAACAGAGACGGCGGACUGGAGAACAUGGAAGUGAAAGGAGAUUUGAUGCUCCGCGUCUCUGAUCCAGCAAAAACCAAGAUCAGCCUUGCGCUUCGUCAUCUAGAUGAUCCUAGCAUUCAGUUCAAGACCCAUCCUAAUGUGAAUAAGGCCCUAUUCAAUAGUGAUAAAGUUAUUGCAUUUAGAGAUUCUUCAAAAGAAUUUCCUCUCAAUACAUCAACUGGAGUAUUACGUUGGAGGUUCCUCAGUAAAGAUGAAAGCUCUAUUCCUUUAUCGAUUAAUUGCUGGCCAUCUCCUGCAGGCGAUGGCUCAUGCGAUGUCAACAUUGAAUAUCAGCUUGAGAAUGAAGAAAUGGAAUUCAAGAACGUAAACAUUAUCAUCCCUCUUCCACAAGGAGCAACCCCAACAGUUGGCGAAGCAGAUGGAAAGCACUUUGUAGACCACCAACAGAGCGUGUUGAUCUGGCAAUUACCUUCAAUCAGCUCAUCCAAUGCUUCUGGGACGUUGGAGUUCAAUUGUGCAGGCGAGGAUGUAGAGAGCUUCUUCCCAGUCUCUGUACAGUUUGAGAGCGAGCGACUUGUCUGUGACGUUGAUGUUUUUUCGGUUUCACUUGUGGCAGAUGGAUCAAACGUAGAGUUUUCGAAGCACAGUAUUUUGACGCCACUAGAAUAUUCUGUUGUAUAAAAACAAAUCAGGAUAUAUUAAACUCUUAAGAAUGCUCCUAGUUGGGGUGGCCAUACACUUACUAUUCAAAUUACACAACAAAGCCAAAAUUAUUACAUGCCGUAGUGG